AUGGAUCAAGACCGUAAAAGCCUUUCAUCACAGACAGAACGGAUAACGAGUCUCGAUACGGACGAGAAACAACGAUACACUAAUACUACCUUCAGAGCCAAGCUACGCCGAAUCGUUCGACAUGCAUGGCACCUAUUUCUUAAACCGUUUGCCAAAAUAUGGCGGUUUUUAAGAAGACGAACGAACUUAACAAUCUGGAUUGUUAUUGGCAUGGCAGUGGGAAUCCUCAUUGGCCAUUUUGCUCCUCAAUUCGGACAAGAGAUAAAACCGUUGGGAACUGCGUUUAUCCGAAUGAUUACCAUUAUCGAAAUACCUCUUAUUUUCUCUACCCUGGUGGUCGGCAUCGCGGGUCAUGGUGAUGAUGUUGGCCAAGUCGGCAAACUUGCUGUCAAGACAAUUAUUUAUUUUGAAAUUAUUACUACAUUGGCCCUGGCCGUGGGUCUUAUCAUGGCGAAUCUGAUCAAGCCUGGCAAGGGCGUGGUGCUCACGGGCGAUACAUCAGAUUUUGAUGAAUUAGCACAGCAAGGCCAAGAUAUUACAUGGCAUCAUGAAUUGUUCAUGAUCAUUCCCGAGAAUUUCUUUAAAGCCGCAGUAGACAACUCCAUCUUGGGUGUUGUCUUUUGCGCGGCCAUGUUCUCUUGUGCCAUGAUGAAGGCGGAUAAGCAUUCGAAAAAAGUCAUGCUUGAGUUCAAUCAUUCUUUAUCCCUGAUCAUGUUCAAAUUUGUCGCUCUAAUUAUGAACUAUGCUCCUAUCGGUAUCGCUGCCUCACUUGCUGCCACCAUUGGAGCCAAUGGAAUUAAUGUUUUGGCUAACCUGGGUAAACUAAUUGGUGCACUGUAUGCGUCCUUGGUGGUGUUUGUCGUGGUGAUACUCGUUCCCAUCAUGUUGGUGGCACGUAUCCCGGUGAUUGGGUUUUUCAAAGCAGCGGCACAACCAUGGCUGAUUGCUUUUAGCUCGGCUUCCAGUGAAUCGGCACUUCCAAAAGCCAUGGAAAAUAUGUGCUCUUUCGGUUGUCCAAGCUCCUUGACUGCUUUUGUAAUUCCAUGGUAA